AGCCAUGCAUUGGCGAUCUCAGAUCUGUUCAUAGCGCCCGACACCGACUCAGUCACCGAGAUCGUCAACAGCUUCAUGAGGCGAUCUCUACUGAAGACUAGCCUAAAUGAGGAAGAGCGCUGGGAGGUUGUUUACAAAUUGUUUAACAAGUACUAUGCAUGGCUUCGACCGCCGAAAGAAGCGAAUGCAGGAACAAAGAUAUCAGCAUGGUAUGUGGUCCAAGCAUAUUUUGAUGCUUACAUGUCGCAAAUCCCGGGAAUAUUUGCGGGUAUGGCGUUUGGCACAGUCAGCACUGCUCGUGCCAUAUGGGAUACAGGCUUUGAUAUUUCUGGACUUGACGUCUUCGGCUUUGGACAGGUCGUAGCGUUGGGCCUCCUUGCUCUCACUGUGCUU